AUGACGUUUGGUGAUUCGUUUUCGAAGUGUUUAUCUCCAGCUCUGCAGGUUCUCUUUCACAAAUUAGCUUCAGGAGAUGUCCUAAACAUAGUUAAAGUAUGGAAUGUUAAUGAACUGUUACUUGACAAACUCAAGAUUUCUUACUUCAUAAAUACAGCUGUUCUUGAUGAUGCAGAAGAGAAACAGUACCUCAAUCCAGCGGUCGAGACUUGGAUCGAUAUGCUUAGAGAUGCUGUGUUUGAAGCUGAGGACACUCUUGAUGAACUAGCUACUGAAGCCUUGAGAUGCAAACUAGAGCCAGAUUCUCAGAAAUAUUCUCAGCAGGUGCGUAGUAGUUGGAACUUUAUCUCUAUGAAAUCAAGAAUCGAAGAGCUUAUAACUAGACUCAAAUACAUUGCAAAACAAAAAGAUAUUCUUGGUUUAGAAAGUAAUAAAAAGUCUUGUUAUGGAAAGAUGUGUCGAGGUCCAAGUACUCCGUUGAUACUUGGAUCGUAUGUUUAUGGAAGGUAUACUGAAAAAGAGGAACUAAUUAAGUUACUGGUUUCUGAUUGUGAUGAUACAAAUAGACAUAGAGUUGCUCCCUUUUGUGUUAUUCCUGUUAUUGGCAUGGGAGGGAUUGGCAAGACAACUCUUGCUCAGAUUGUCUAUAAUGACAAGAGAAUUUGUGAGGCUGUAACAAGUAUAACGAAGUUGUUGCUUGAAUCUGCUACUGCCAAACCCUUCGACACGAAUAGUUUGGAAAUUAUUCAGAAUGGUUUGAAGAAUCUGUUCAGCAAAAAGAGAUUUUUGGUCGUCUUGUAUGAUGUAUGGACCGAGAGCUGUGAUGACUGGAAUAAGCUUUUGAUCCCUUUCUUCGAGGGAGAUCAAAGAAGUAAAAUAAUCGUGACAACACGAAAUGAAGGGGUUGCAUCAAUCACUGGAACGCUUGCACCUCACCGUUUGCAGGAAAUGUCACAUGAUGCAUGUUGGUCUCUAUUCUUGCAUCAUGCUUUUGGUGUUCGAGGCUUGGACAUGCAUGCGAGACUGAAAGAAAUUGGAGAAGAGAUCGUGAAGAGCAAUUUAUGGGAUUUGCCUUCCAAGAAAUAUUCUGUUCUGCCAUCUUUAAGAUUAACCUACCAUCAUCUUCCGCCAAAUUUAAAGCGAUGCUUCGCGUACUGUUCAACAUUCCAGAAAGGCUAUGAGUUCAACAAGAAAGAUCUAGUCUUACUGUGGAUGGCAGAAGGUUUUGUGCAGCCAGCGGCACAGAUAACUAUGGAGGAAGUGGGCAAUGCAAAUUUUACUGAACUGCAAUCUAGGAGAACAUGUAUUCAGCUGGAGGAAAAUUGGAAAAGCAGAUUUUACCAGAAUUGCGAGAAGGCUCGCUAUUUCUCAUGCAUUCGUAGUAAAUACGAUGUCUUCAGAAAAUUUGAAAUGCUUAGUGAAGUGAAGCGUCUACGUACAUUCUUACCGUUAGCACCAUCAGAAGGAGCUGAAUUUUGCUACUUAACAAAGAAAGUGCUGUCUGAUAUUUUGCCUAAGCUACGCUGUCUUCGGGUGUUAUCUCUGAGCUAUUAUUGUAUUACUGAGAUUCUGGAAUCCAUCGGAUGCUUGAAACAUCUUCAUUUCAUCAAUUUUUCAUAUACAGAAAUUAAGUACCUUCCACAGUCGAUCAGUGAUCUUUACAAUCUACAAACUUUGCUACUACGCAACUGUUAUUAUCUCAUUGAGUUGCCUGCUGACAUGGGGAAACUACUCAAUCUAUGCUACCUUGAUGUUAGCGGAAGUGGUAUACAAAAGAUCUCACUGGGUCUGGAUAAAUUGGUGUGCCUCAGGACAUUACCGGAGUUUGUUGUGGGUAGUAAUGUUUCUAGUUUAAGGACAUUACCAGAGUUCAAUGUGGGCACUAAUAGCUCUGGUACAUCCAAUCAAAAGAGUAAAGGUUGGUUAUAG